AUGAACCGGGGUUCAGCGUCACGACAAACUUAUGAGCCCAUAACUCACGAUCCCCUUACUCACGAGCCCCUUACUCACGAGUCCCUUACUCACAAUCACCUUAUUCAUGAGCCCCUUACUCACGAGCCCCUUUCUCACAAGCCCCUUACUCACGAGCCCUUUUCUCACGAGUCCCUUAUUCACGAGCCCCUUUCUCACGAGCCCCAUACUCACGAACCCCUUACUCACGAGCCCCUUACUUACAAGCCCCAUACUCACGAGCCCCUUAUUCACGAGCCCCUUACUCACGAGCCCCUUACUCACGAGCCCCUUAUUCACGAGCCCCUUACUCACGAGCCCCUUACUCACGAGCCCCUUAUUCACGAGCCCCAUACUCACGAGCCCCAUACUCACGAGCCCCUUACUAACGAGCCCCUUACUCACGAGCCCCUUACUCAAACUCAUCCUUCAACUGUUGCAGUCGCCUUCAGCUCCUCUAUACCGAUCUCUUCUCUCAAUCACAGUUCCAGUAAGAGGUAA